CUCCGAUGUCGGGGCUUUCUCGCCAAAUUCCUCGAAACCUGAUUCGUACUGAACGGACGCAAUGAAUAGACUUCGAAGUUCUUCUUCCUCAUCCUCCACCUCCGCCACUAGCACCGCUACCUUGUCACUCAGACGCUCUCUCUUAUUUGCCCUAGUUUCUAUCACUCUUUUCUACUUCCGACCUUCCUUUCAACCCUACAUUGACCUACUUAGAAGCUUCGAAGCCAAAGAAGUAACCCUAAACCUUACAGAAACGACUUCAAGAUCCGACGACAUUGUCCGAAUCAAAGAAGAAACCUCUCGGAAGAAUUACAUCGUGAGGUUUCUUGAAUACAAGAAAGUGGAAGAGCAUCGUAUCUAUCUUGAAAAGAAUAUCCGGUUGAGCGGGUGGGAAUGGAUCGAAAGGAGGAACCCCGCAGCUUCGUUUCCGACCGAUUUCGGUCUUGUUUCAAUCAAGGACUCAGUCCGGACUGCACUGGUGGAGGAGUUUGGGAAAUUGGAGUUCGUCAAGGAUGUUUCGGUCGAUAUGAGCUAUUCACGUAGCUUGUUUGUCAACGAAGGGGACAGAGUUGGAGCUUUUGUCAAUGGGAAGAAGCGUCCUGGGAAGAUAUUCACCUCCAUGUCUUUCAGUGAAGGAGGAUAUCAUACACCACUUAGUAAUUCUACGUUAAGCUGGAAACGAAAGCUCACGAUGCAGAGGUCCCAAGUGACGUCCUUGUUCGGAGCCGAGACACUCUGGGCGAAAGGUUACACAGGUUCAAAAGUCAAAAUGGCAAUAUUUGAUACUGGCAUUCGAGCAAAUCAUCCUCAUUUCCGUAAUAUCAAGGAGCGCACAAAUUGGACAAAUGAAGACACUCUAAAUGAUAAUCUUGGACAUGGGACAUUUGUGGCGGGAGUUAUUGCCGGUGAAGAUCCAGAGUGCUUAGGUUUUGCCCCUGACGCAGAGAUUUAUGCAUUUCGUGUGUUUACUGAUGCUCAGGUGUCUUACACAUCAUGGUUCCUUGAUGCAUUCAACUAUGCUAUUGCAACCAAUAUGGAUGUGCUGAAUUUGAGUAUCGGCGGUCCUGAUUACUUAGAUCUUCCAUUUGUAGAAAAGGUUUGGGAGCUGACCGCAAAUAACAUCAUAAUGGUUUCAGCAAUUGGCAAUGAUGGACCUCUGUAUGGUACUCUCAACAACCCAGCAGAUCAAAGUGAUGUUAUUGGUGUUGGGGGCAUUGAUUACAAUGAUCAUAUAGCUUCAUUCUCGUCACGCGGAAUGAGUACUUGGGAGAUUCCUCAUGGUUAUGGUCGUGUGAAGCCUGAUAUUGUCGCAUAUGGGCGUGAAAUUAUGGGGUCUAAAAUCAGCACAGGUUGUAAAAGCCUCUCAGGCACCAGUGUGGCAAGUCCAGUGGUAGCCGGUGUGGUCUGCCUGCUUGUCAGUGUCAUCCCUGAGAGUGACCGAAAGGACAUUCUGAACCCAGCAAGCAUGAAGCAGGCACUGGUUGAAGGAGCUGCAAAGCUUUUUGGUCCUAAUAUGUUUGAGCAAGGUGCAGGCAGACUCAACCUGUUAGAGUCGUAUGAAAUCCUGAAGAGCUAUCAGCCGCGGGCUAGCAUCUUCCCAAGUGUUCUUGAUUAUACAGACUACCCUUAUUCCUGGCCCUUCUGUCGCCAGCCUCUCUAUGCUGGUGCCAUGCCUGUCAUCUUCAAUGCCACCAUUCUUAAUGGGAUGGGUGUGAUUGGCUAUGUUGAAGGCCCACCUACAUGGCACCCUUCAGAGGAGGUUGGGAAUUUGCUUAACAUUCACUUCACCUACUCAGAAGUCAUCUGGCCCUGGACUGGUUAUCUUGGAUUGCAUAUGCAAAUCAAAGAUGAAGGUGCAAAGUUUUCGGGACUGAUUGAAGGCAAUGUGACACUCACGGUAUACAGCCCAUCAUCUAGAGGAGAGAAAGGCCCCCGGCUGAGUAGUACUUGUGUGCUUCAGCUGAAGCUAAAAGUGAUUCAUACUCCUCCAAGGUCAAAACGAGUGCUGUGGGAUCAAUUCCACAGUAUCAAAUAUCCUCCUGGAUAUAUCCCAAGAGACUCUUUGGAUGUUCGCAACGACAUCCUUGACUGGCAUGGAGACCACCUGCAUACCAACUUCCAUAUUAUGUUCAACAUGUUGAGAGAUGCUGGCUACCAUGUUGAAAUACUUGGUUCACCUCUUACGUGCUUUGAUGCUCGGCAGUAUGGGACACUCCUGAUGGUGGAUCUUGAGGAUGAAUACUUUGCAGAAGAGAUUGAAAAGCUUAGGGAUGAUGUAAUAAAUACUGGAUUGGGGCUGGCUGUGUUUGCUGAAUGGUAUAAUGUGGACACAAUGGUUAAGAUGAGAUUUUUUGAUGAUAAUACAAGGAGUUGGUGGACACCUGUUACUGGCGGUGCAAAUAUUCCUGCAUUGAAUGAUCUUUUGGCACCAUUUGGGAUUGCUUUUGGAGAUAAGAUCUUGAAUGGUGAUUUUUCUAUUGAUGGUGAGCAGAGUCGAUACGCAUCUGGAGCAAAUAUAGUGAAGUUUCCACGAGGUGGGUAUGUGCACAGCUUUCCCUUUCUGGAUACCUCAGAAAGUGGUGCGACUCAGAACUUACUGCAGACUUCUGGCAUGACCAAGGUGGACUCCCCCAUUUUAGGCCUUGUGGAAGUGGGUGGAGGUAGUAUAGCAGUAUAUGGAGACUCCAACUGUCUGGACAGUAGCCAUAUGGUGACCAACUGUUUCUGGCUUUUGCGGAAAAUAUUGGACUUCACUGGUAGAAAUGUCAAAGAUGCAGUGCUCUUCACAAACUCUGCUCGGCAGGAUGUACCCCUGGUCGAGGAUGACAGGCAGUUACCAUCUCGCAGAACUGAUGUAAACUUCUCUACUUAUUCUGCAGUUGCAGGUAAGGAAUUGAUCUGCAGGAGUGACUCCAGGUUUGAGGUAUGGGGGACUAAAGGUUAUGGUCUUCAAGUGAGUGGGAGGAACAGAAAGUUGCCUGCAUAUCCUAUUAUUGAUACAGGGAGAGAUUUGAAUUCAACCAUGGAGAGCUCCAGUUUAGAAUGGCCCAAAUCGCGGAAGAAUGAAGCAAAUUUUUCGGCUAGCAUUUCUGGACAAAGACAUAACAGAACAAUGGAUCUCUUUGGAUUGCUCAACAGAGAUGAGCAGCUUGAUAUGCCAAUUCUAGUUGCAAGUCAAUGGUUUGUACCAGCUAUUAUUGCAGCAUCUGGUCUUCUGCUACUUCUGAGCUUUUGGAAAAUUCGUCAAAAGCGACGCCGGCGGAGGAGGGGUUCAGGCUCUGGUUCUGUCCGUUUUCCUAAUCCAUAAUCCCAAAAGAUUUCUUGGGCAUUAGUACUUACCAGUAACUUCACUGUUGGUCUGGAAGUUUUUCGAGUUUCCACAUCGACAUUGCCCCGGAAGUUAGAAAACAACGUAGUAGAAGGCACUUCCUGUUGGCUUGCGAGGCCUGUCCCUCACAAUCCUACCCAGGGGAUUGGUUAGGGAAGCAAAGAUCACUUCUUCUGAAGAUCUCUCUGACAGAAUGGCAUUUGGAACCGUAAAGCAUAUACAUUCUGCCACAAUACCAAUACCUAAAGGUUAAAUGGAAGUCAUGCUACUUCAUAAGAUGUCUUCCCCUCAAUAUCCAACAGAAAAACAGGAAAUUUAACUGAAAAACAGUUACCAAUACUUAAACAACGAUACAGAAAAUAGGAAUUGACUAGACAGCUCUUUUUGUAGCUCCCAUCAACAGUCAUGAUUUGUGGAUAUCAUAAGAUUUGUUGGUCAUUGCAAUUGCUAUGAGGGGAGUAAUUCUUUUUGAGCAAGAUUCUGGUUUUUGAUGAUCA